AUGAACUAUGCUUUAUAUCAUGAUGUGUUCAUUGCCAGUGGAGUGAAUGCUAAUUUAUCGCAUAAUUUAUUUUUCAAUAAUACUGGAUUACACUGUCUCGAUUUUCGUUCAUUUUCAUCAUUAUCUUCUGAGGCUCAUUUCAUUCAGAACAAUUGGUUUAUCAAUAAUGUUGCACUCGGUCAUGGCCAUCAAUAUUUAGAACGAUAUGGUUUUCAACCGCGUAAUUUGGAAGAUGAAUUCAAACAUCGACCAAAACGCCAAGUCUUAGUCGAGGAGAAUGUGAGCUUUGAUUGGUGGACCCACGUUGGUCGUGAUUCAGAACGAUAUAGAAGCACAAUUUUUGCUGGUACUUCUAGCGGAAUUUAUCGGAUGAAUGCUUUCAUCAAUCCUGAUAAUCCUUAUGAAAUUACUUCUGCACGCAUAAUGAAUUUCAAUCCUGGUUCAAUUGAUGCCAAAAAGAAUUAUUGGGGAUACCCAGGAACAGUAAGCGUUGCAAGUGGGAAAAUCCGUGAUUAUAAGGAUUACGAAUAUCUGAUGCCAGUUGCUUAUGAACCGGUAUUAGAAUCGAACACUUCCAUCAUCGAUGGUGAUUGCCCUGCUGGUUGGUUCCAGAUUGGAGUAGAUGAAUUUAAAGCAUGUUUUCUUUAUGUGGGCGCUGUUACCACUUAUACAUCUGCUAUUAUUUAUUGCCAAGAAAUGGGUGCCUUUCUUCCUUAUUUGCUUGUUAACGAUAUCAGACAAAAGGAGUUGGCUAAACGUGUUCAUGUUAUCACACAUACGUUCAUCGAUCAUACUGACAAAAUCAGUUCAUUCGCAGUGAAUUUUGAUCGGCAUAUUUGGAUUUCCAGUGUUUCAGUGCCGUCAACACAUUGUGGCUGGUUAAGUAGUCGUUCAGGUAGUAUUGGUACUCAGAACUGUAAUAGUUUGUUGCCGUUUGUUUGUGAAAAAGGUCAAAUUGGUGUAAGACCGUAUGAGAACCCACCUUUGUGGCGAAGUGGGAUUGUUUUUGCUACAGUUGCCCUUAUUAUUCUUUUCGUUUCCCUCGUUUUACUUGCUCUGUGCUGGUACCGCAAAUCUAGAAAACGCGACGAAGAGGAGCUAAGUAGAAAAGAAUUCAUUCGUGCAUCUUUUCGCCUAAGUAAAAUGGAACGCGAGCGCAAGGAGAGAACAUGGGACAGUAUAACUCUAAAAAAGAAUCGUUUAUUCAAUUGCUCAAAAUCAUUUGAUUAUGGAGAAGAUUUGAUAUUGAAAGCACAUCGAGAUAUGGUGCAUGGAGAAAAUAAAUCAUCUCCUACGGUAACACUUCGAACAUCAUGUUCGAAAUCGAGUAUUCUAACGACAAUAACCGAUCACAGUUCGAAGAAAUCCCCAACAUACAUAAUGAAUAUGUCCGGUCCGACACGCUUGGUAGUCGGAACAGGAACUCGCUCUAGCGACUAUUAUUCUAUAUUGUCGUCAGUCCGAGGUAUUGAUUCGACUGAUCAUUACAACCAGAUUAUUGGAAGUAGUUCGAAAGACAUGGAGCCAUCAGGACAAGUCCUAAAGGAAAAUCCCAUUUUUAAUGACUACAAAUAUAGAGAAUCUGAUACUCAGUACAGCUGUACUGCAACAUGCUCAACUUGUGCGACAGAUUCAGAAAAAUACUCUGAAGUGGAUUCAACAUUAACUGAACGUUCAUUUUACAGUGAAGCAAGUAGUACUCGUUCUUCAACACGAUCUGAUGAUACGAUUGUUAAUGGACAUCUUCAUUGUCGUUUUUCACUAUCAAAUUCUGUUGCACCUAUUGAUAGAAUGUACUCAUCAAAGAAUGUAGAUACAUUUCAAGCAUCAAAUAAACCAGUCAUGGCUCAUAUGGCAAUUCCAGCUAAAUCUAAUGUAAAUUCUCAUAUGCCGUUCCAGCCAACUUUAUUACCGCAACUUUCUUAUUCACGUACUUCUCAAGCCAGUCAGUCUCUCGUUGAUCUUGCAGUUCACCAUAAUUAUGCUCAACGACGGAAUUCUACUGGUAAAGCAUUGCCUAUCGAGACAUCCUUGUGA